GUCGAAAACGUGCUGUACCGCAUCCCUAGCCAUCCAUUCAUCCGUAAGCCAUCAAAGCUGGCGGCUCGAUUUCUUGAUGCUGUCGAUACCGCCAAGAACGUCACGCUCGAGGAUGUCUCGUCCUGCGAGUUUGAAGCGUUUCUCUCCGUCCUGCAUCCUACGGACUUCGAGCACGGCGACGUCCAUUCCGUCGAAGACUGGAUCUUCGUCCUUCGCCUUGCUACGCGCUGGGGUUUCGAAUCCAUUCGCAAGCUCGCUAUUAACCGUCUCGAUCCGAUCGCGACUCCCAUUGACAAGAUUGUGGAAGGCAAGGCGUGUGGAGUCGAGAAGUGGCUGGUCCCAGGCUUCGCAGAUCUGUGCAAUAGGGCCGGAUGUCUGACCAAGGAAGAGGGAAGACGGUUGGGUGUGGACGAUGUCAUAUUUAUUGCAAGUAUGCGAGAG